UUUGCGUGGUUUAGGAUUCGAGGGUUUGUCAAAUGAAUUAUGGAGGUUGGAAAAUCUGAAGAUAUUGGAUUUAACUGAUUGUACAUUUCGCUCCAGAUUUCCCCCUAACGUCAUUCAAAGGUUAUCAAAGCUAGAGGAGCUAUAUCUAAAAGGUUCAAACAUUUGUGAGACAAUUGUUGAUAUACUUGUCCAGAUAAAUUUCUUAUCUAGGUUGACUGCAUUAUCCUUGAGGUUAUCAUUAGAUCAUUUUACGGGUGACGUUGUGUUUCCUAAAUUGGAAAGAUAUGAUAUAUCCGUAGUGGAUCCUUAUAAACUUAAAUGUGAUCUUUUUUCCAUUACGGAAAAAUCAUGGAAAAUUAAGGGACCGAUUCUUUUUAAUGUAGUUUCUCUCUUGCCAGAGAAUUUAGAGUCUUUUGAAGUGUCAGAUAACAUAGAUAAGUUUCUGGAAUGCUUGAUUGAUAAAAGUUUGAGGCUCUCAAAUUUGAAGCUGCUAUAUUUGCAUUAUUUGUCUAACUUGAGUUGUAUUGGGGAAUUGCCAACCCAACAUGUAAGGCUUAAAGGUUUAGUUGAUUUGAGGAUAACAAAUUGUCCAAGUUUGAAAUCACUCUUCCCACUUUCUCUUGCUCAAAGUUUGGUGCUCUUAGAAAUCCUUGAGAUAUCUAACUGUCCUAGAUUGAAGCAAAUAGUUACAGAAAUGGAAGGUGAUGAAAAAAUAUCGUCAAGCAUCAAUUCUCAUAAUUCUUUGUGUUUCCCAAAUUUAAGGGAACUCUACAUAGGAAACUGUUGUGGUCUGGUGUAUAUUUUUCCAACUUUGAUGGCACCGCAAGGGCUUCCACUACUAGAAACUCUUGCUAUUCAUCGUUGCCCUCAAUUAAAACAAGUGGUCAGACCUAAAGAAGGAAGGGUGGAAAAUGAUGUUGUGCUCCAACAACUGCAGUUUUCGAAACCUUUGAUGCAGUUUUCAGUGUCGGCUUGCCCUUUGUUAACUGAUUCAUUUGUUCAUUUAGACGUUGAGAAGGCUUGCUUCAAGGAGGUUCGAUUAUCAACAUUCAAGGAAUCAUUCAGCAGUGCAAAACACCUUGAAGUACACUAUGCAAUUGAGGAUCAUAAUCUGGUUCCAGAUGCAAAGGGAGACUGACUAAAUGGAUUAACGUCCCUUCAACUCAGGGAUUGCAAGGAUCUUGAAUGCUUGGUUGAUAUCACAACAGGGAAUGGGCCAAUUUUUGUAUUCACUAAUUUAAAGAGAUUAAGUAUAGAAGAUAUGUUUGGUUUCGAAACCUUAUGCAAAGGUCACCACCCUCCACAAGGUUUCCUCCAAAGUCUUAAGGUUGUAAACAUAAAAGGGUGCAGAAAAUUAGAAAUACUCUUCUCACCUUCGGUUACUCAAGGCCUAGUGUUUUUAGAAGAACUCACGAUAGAAUUCUGUCGUGAAUUGAGAACCCUUUUCUCGGUAAUGGCAAAUGAUGGUGGAAUAAGAUCAAACAGCUGUUUUCCUCCUUUCUGCUUGCCGAAACUGAAAACUCUUUACAUCCGUUUGUGUUCAAAGCUAGAAUAUGUUCUGCCAAUCACUUUGGCUCAAGGUCUUCCGGCUCUUGCAUCGAUUUCGGUCUUUGGUUGUGAUGAAUUAAAGCAUGUAUUCAGCAUGCCAAAAGAACAAGAUGGAGUUGAACAUCAUGGUAUCAUGCUCCUUCCUAGUCUACAAUAUCUACGACUUUCAGGGUUAGAAAACUUGACUAGUUUUGUCCCAGAAAACUUUUUUGUCAAGGCACCAGCUUUGAAAAGCUUAGAAGCUUACGAGUGUCCUAAAGUGAUGAACUUCCACAUUCAACAAGUUAACAAGCAACUGACAUUAAAGGGGAAUGGAUUAUACGUAUUCAAGGAAUUGUCAUGCAAUACAAAUCUCAUUCCAGAUGUACAUUCAAGACAUCCAGAUGGAUUAACGUCCCUUGACAUUUACCAUUGGUGGGGUGGUGAAUGCCUGGUUGAUAAAUCACAAGCAAAGAUGGGUAUCUUACAAAACCUUAAAGAUUUGAGAGUUAGUUACUCUGGUAUGUCUGAAGUAUUCCGAAUUGAUGAAGGCCUUUAUAAUAGAGAAGAAAAUCAAGCACCACAACUACUUUUAAAUUUGGAGCAGUUGCAGUUAAAGCGUUUACCGUAUUUGAGAUGGAUAGUUCAAGGCCCCACCCAUUGUGUCAAUCUCCAAAGCCUAAAGGUUUUAGAAAUAACCCAUUGCAACAAAUUGACAUCUAUCUUCUCAAUAUCCGUCGUUCAAACCCUAAGGUCGUUGGAAGAACUCAAGAUACAUGAUUGUGAUAAACUAAAAAGUGUUCUGAUGGAGUUGGAAACUGACACUGAACCGAACAAACUUUGCUUGCCAAACUUGAAAACCGUGGAGAUAGUAAAAUGCCCAAGUCUAGAAUAUGUCUUCCCACUUGCUUUGACUCAAGGUUUUCCUUGUCUACAAAAGGUACAACUUGUUAAAUUAAGAAACGUGAGAGGUUUUGUUGCUGGAAAUAAUUUUGUCCAAGCACCAGCUUUGGAAAUUUUAAUUAUCAAGGAAUUAUGUUCAGCAUUUACGAAUUUUGUCUUUCAAAAAGAAGUUAACAAGUGUGAUCCAUUAAAGGAGUUGACCUUCUGUACGAAAAGUAUAGAUGGUGAAGAUGUCGAGCCAUGCAAUAUGGUAAACACUCGGUUGAGACAAAGAUCAACAAAUUUCGAAUAUAUGACCCUAGGCAACUUUGAACAACUGUUUCAGCUUCAAGGUGCAUAUUUCAUAUCAAAUCUAGAGAAAAUGCAGCUUUCUAAUAUGAUUUGGCUACGAGAUAUUUGGAAAGGUCCCAUCCAUUUUGAAACCAAUCUUAGAGAACUAGCAGUUUAUGACUCCAAUUGUUUGACAUACAUCUUUCCAGCGACUUUCAUUCCACAUUUUCCACAUUUAAGUAUUCUGAAAAUAAAGGCGUGUGAGAAUUUGAAGCAAAUAAUUGCCAAUGAUGACAUUUCGACAUCAUCGUCACAAGGUCCUCAGUUGGAGAAGAAAAUGGUAUUUCCUCAUGUAAAGCAAAUAAUACUUGAAAAUUUGCCAAGGCUCGAGAACUUCGGUCUUGCAGGUUAUCAUAUGGAAUUCCCAUGUUUGGAUUUGCUUGAUGUUAAGCAAUGUUUCAAGAUAAUCACAAGUUUCACUGUGGAUUAUUUAACAUUGACUGUGCAUGCUAAAUCUGAUGAGGCAUCCCAGCUAGAUGAUUUUAAUCCCUCACCAGAAGUUAUAUUCUGGGAAAAGCGUAGACCCACCUUACUACCUCAAUAUGUAGAAGAAGCUGAAAAAGUUUCACCAUUGAAGUGAAAAGCAUUGCAUAAGCAUACUUGAGCCUAAAUCUCACCUCUAUUAGAGUUAAUUAACCAGGUGAAAGAUUAGAUUGAAGUUCUCGUUCGCAGUAGCGAUCUUGACACAUCUCAUCACUUCAUGAAGACUUGGAAGAAAAGGGAUAUGAAAUAAAUUUCAUGGUAUAGAGUAUGACAUGUACAUGAAUGAAUUAAUGAAGAAAGAAAGAAAGUGCCUAGUUGUUCUAAUAUUGAGUUUAAUGUGUUUCGAAAGGUAAAUAUGAGGUAUUACGUAGUUUAUGAGCUUUGACUAUUGUUUUGAAUGAUCAUGGACAAUUUUGGUAUGGUUUAGAUGUGUUUGAAAAUAGAAUUUCAGGUCCUCUGUCCUAGGUCUCGAGACAUACUAAAUGUGUCUCGAGACACAAUAACUUCAAAGCUAAAAAAGCUACAGUAUCAGGGUCAUGUCUCGAGACAUUGGAUUUUAUCUCAAUACAUAAGCUCAUUUGUUUUGAGACAUACAUUCAUUUGUCUUGAAACAGGACAACUUUGAAGCUAAAGUUCUACAGUAACAUGACAUUGUCUCGAGACAUAUAAACUUGGGUUAAAACAGACUUGAAACGAGUUUGGAAUGGAAUUAAACUUUAUUGUUAGUCUAAAUAUGCUCUAAAAAGUGUAAUGUGAUCUUGAUAAAGGUCUAAAUUAUAAGUA